CAAGUCAUCAAGUAGCAACUGUGUCCUUUGUUCUCUGGAUGAGAUUUUUGAUAAUGACACAUGCACGAGCUGAUUCAGGUGACAUUUAGACUGCCUAAGGGUUUUUCACCAUCAAGCCUUGUCUCUUAGUCUUUUCAUUUCAAGGAGGGAGUCAGAUCUGACUCAAGAAAAGGCAUGGUAGGAAGUUCUAACUCAAACAAAAUUAUCCCAUGUCGUAAGAACUCACAGUACAGAAUGAGAAGCAGCUGCAGCAGUGGCAGGAUGUCCUCCUCAAGAUUCAGAGGGGUACUUGCACUUAAUAAUAGUAAAUGGGGUGCUCGGAUCUCCCUCAAGUACAGGGCAUACUGGCUUGGGACAUAUCAAGUGGAAGAGGAGGCAGCUAUUGCUUAUGAUAGAGCAGCCCUCAAGUUGCACAGAAGUGACUCUCCCCUUAACUUCCCCUGGAAGAUUUACACAGCUCAGGAGAAAUUAUUCCAGAGUUCGUACUCAAAUGAGGAGAUCAUGAGUAUGAUCAAGGACAAGACAUAUACAUCUAACUUGACCAGUUUCCUUGCACGGGAAUCUCUUGUAAGGAGAAGUAUGUCUGGGUGCCUAAUAAACGCUAAGGGAAUCUCACAUCAGUUGUUAUUUCAUAAGAAGCUGACACAGACAGAUGUUGCUCAAAUCAAAGGCUGUCACAUCCCCAAGGAAUAUGCGUUGCAGUACUUGCCCCCACUUGGCAACAGCUCAGAUGGAGGUCAAAUGAGAAAUGACUCGGUUGAUCUAACUUUCUACGACAAAUUUUACCGUCCUUGGACUUUCCGCUAUUCAUAUUGGUGUAGCACCAAGACCUUCCUGUUUACGAAGGGCUGGAGACACUUUGUUGCAAUGAAUAACUUGAAUAUUGCAGACACUAUCAUGGUUUAUGGAUGUGCCUUUGUAGAGGAAGGACAGAGCAGAAACUUUUACAUGAUCGAUAUACAUCGGAAUGAUGCAGCAAACUACAUUGUUGGCAGGGAUGCAGAGCAAGGAAUUGGCACACAGCCCAACAUUGUUGACAAUGGUGCACAUGUGGAUGGAAUCAGUGGAGUUGAGAGAAAAAAUGGGGUUAAGCUUUUUGGAAUCCAAAUAGCUUAACCACAAAACACCAUCCCUUGGCUAGUGCUGUUCUUUUCCCUCUCCUUUUUCUAUGCUCUUUCAUUGUUGGAUUAAUUACUUUUCUUGUGCUUGAAUAUCAUUUGCAGACUAUCGUGUGGGAAAUUAUCGUUUGAUGGGUUUGUUUUCUUUCUGAAUUA